GGCGGGGAACCCGCCGGAGGCGGAGGAGGAGGACGGAGCAGGCGGGCGGCGGGGAGGCGGAGAAGGGAGGCAAGAAAGUAGCAGAAAGUGAGGUUGGCAACCCGCGGCACAGCCGGGCGAGCGGCGGCGGCGGCGGCAGGAAGUCUGUGUCAGAGGCGAGCAGAAAUACGAGCCAGGGAGGGACCGCGGCGGCGAGAGUGAAAGAGGAAACUGCAGAAGAGGAAGCUCUGCCGCUGCAGCAAGUCUCCUCCGGCUCCGCGCCGAGCAUCCCCGCGCCGCCGGCCCGGCCCUCCGGGACACCCCUGCGCCCGCGCCGCCGCCCCUGCGCCCCCGCCGCCCGGCGCCCCCUCCUCAGCGCGCCCGCCCCGGCCCCACGAGCCCGGCCGCGCCGCCUCUCCGCUCGCCGCGCACGCCGCCCCUCGUCUGCCAUGGCCCGGGAGAAUUGCGAGAGCAGCUCCUCCUGGAAAAAGCAAGCGGAGGACAUCAAGAAGAUUUUUGAGUUCAAGGAGACCCUCGGAACCGGGGCAUUUUCUGAAGUCGUCUUAGCCGAAGAGAAGGCAACUGGAAAGCUCUUUGCAGUGAAGUGCAUUCCUAAGAAGGCGCUGAAGGGGAAAGAAAGCAGCAUAGAGAAUGAGAUAGCCGUGCUCAGAAAGAUUAAGCAUGAAAACAUUGUCGCCCUGGAAGAUAUCUAUGAAAGCCCAAACCACUUAUACUUGGUCAUGCAGCUUGUAUCUGGUGGAGAGCUGUUUGAUCGGAUAGUGGAGAAGGGAUUUUAUACAGAGAAAGAUGCCAGCACUCUGAUCCGCCAGGUCUUGGAUGCUGUCUACUAUCUCCAUAGAAUGGGCAUCGUGCACAGGGACCUCAAGCCUGAAAAUCUGUUGUACUACAGUCAAGAUGAGGAGUCCAAAAUAAUGAUCAGUGACUUUGGAUUGUCAAAAAUGGAGGGCAAAGGGGAUGUGAUGUCCACGGCCUGCGGGACCCCCGGCUACGUUGCUCCUGAGGUCCUCGCCCAGAAACCUUACAGCAAAGCUGUCGACUGCUGGUCCAUCGGAGUGAUCGCCUACAUCUUGCUCUGCGGCUACCCUCCUUUUUACGAUGAAAAUGACUCCAAGCUCUUCGAACAGAUCCUCAAGGCGGAGUACGAGUUCGACUCCCCCUACUGGGAUGACAUCUCGGACUCCGCGAAAGACUUCAUUCGGAAUCUGAUGGAGAAAGAUCCAAAUAAAAGAUACACGUGUGAGCAGGCAGCUCGGCACCCAUGGAUCGCGGGUGACACAGCCCUCAGCAAAAACAUCCACGAGUCUGUUAGCGCCCAGAUCCGGAAGAACUUCGCCAAGAGCAAGUGGAGACAAGCGUUCAAUGCCACGGCCGUCGUCAGACACAUGAGGAAACUCCACCUUGGCAGCAGCCUGGACAGUUCAAACGCCGGCGUUUCGAGCAGCCUCAGCUUGGCCAGCCAGAAAGAUUGUCUGGCACCCUCCACGCUCUGUAGUUUCAUUUCCUCUUCAUCAGGGGUCUCAGGAGUGGGAGCGGAGCGGAGACCGAGGCCCACCACUGUGACGACAGUGCACUCUGGAAGCAAGUGACCGGCUCUGGAGGUGGGGCCCAGGGGCAGGGCCUCGGGCAGAGCCAGAGAAGGGAGCCCCCAGGGGCCACCAGUGCCACCAGCCACUCCAGAGUGACCCCACCUUGCAUGGUGCACCUUCCUGCACAGGACUGGAAGACAGAAGUUUUUUUAUGGCCAUAUUUUAUACUGCAAUUCUGAAGUGUUCAUUUCUCAUAGACUGUACUGACUCAAGGGAGCUGAUUUAUCAGGAUCUGGUGCUGUACAUAUGAAUCUGGCAAAGCUCUAACGGAACGAACUUUCUUUGUCCUCUCCCUUGCUUCUGUCAUUUCUGCUCUUCUCAGUACAGGUAACCGCUUAUGUUGUAUUUUUUUCAUCAAUGACAAAAAGAGGUUUCAACUGGAUUAUUUAAGUAUUGGUAAAUAUUGUGCAUUAGGGUUUAUUUUUUCCUUUUAAGCUAUGUGUCCUUGCAAUCUGUACUUCUUGGUUAUAUGACUUAUAUCUUUUGCUUGUUGGUGGUAGUUUUAUGUUAACUGUUAAGAGAUUUUGUUUCCUCCAAGUCAAAUUUCAAGGUAUUGGAUAUUUUCUGAAUUUCUAACAUGAGGACUGAGAAUCUGCGUCCGAGGUGGAGAGAGCACUUCCCUUCCAUCCCUCCGUGUCUGGUCCCACCGGUGGAGGGGCAGCUUGUCUUCUCUCUGGGCGCUGUAGGAGGGGACCCGCCGAAACCCUUCCCGGCAGCUCCUCCGACCCCUCCCCCACCAACCAGAGAAGUUGAGGGGCCUGUCACCAUCAGCGCUGAGAAAUUAAAAAGCCUGCUCCCCCAAGACUGAAGGCCGAAGACUUGCCAUGAAGGAGACUCCUGCCCAGCAGAUGUGUAAGGACCUUUCUCACAAAAGGAACGAGGUGCCAUGCCGUUUAAAGGGAACUUUCCACGCUGCUUAUGUCUCAUCAGGGGUAACCCACGACAGCUCUGCUCUCAGCUAUGCAGUUUUCAAAGUAAUCUCUUUCUCUCUGUUUUUUAAAAAUGCAUUUCUAAUCUUUCACUUAAGAUGACCUCCGGGUCACAUAAGUUUCUGCAUAUUUUUACUCUGUUCUUGUAUGAAUAUUAUCUGGAAGAGGAGAGGGAAAUGGCCUCAGAAAAGAAUCCAUUUAUCUCGGUCGGUGAGAAGAGUUGACUUGCCAAGCAAGCAGGACACGGGCUACAGUGAUGGCCAGAGACUGUCCCAGCCAGGCUCAGCUGGCACUUAAAGCUGUCCCUCUGACCAGGGCUAUCAGAAAACCAAAGACCUGUGAUGGGGGGUCACCAAAGGUCCCCGCCUGCCAGGGACUGAAGGAUUUCCCAGGGUGUAGCACUCACAGUGCUAAAACUGGCAAUGGCCCGGGCAAGCCAGGCCACUGGUUCACCCGUGUGGUGGAUAGAUGUGCAAGAUGGAGCGAGCACAGUGUGAAAUCCAGGGCAAACCAUUUUUCAAGGGGAAUAAAAGGAUGCCGCCUCAUAGAGGCAGGCAGCUGUCUCCAGAUGCCAACUUUGCAAAAGCCCUCUGUCAACAGCCAUACAGCGCCAGGCGCCUGCAUUCCACACAGUCCCUGUAGGUCGUGUGUCCCUGUAGGUUUACUGUUGUCCUCAUGCCCUGCUCCUGCAGUUGGCCAGACUCGGCAGGUCCUGCUGGUCAAGCCGUCUUCGUCACUUGCACACCUUUGCCUGUGUCCGGGCCACACGUUUAGGGACAACCUCCCCAACAUGCACACACAGUGUCGGCAGGUCCAGGGCUCCAUCCCGCCUCCUGUGGGGUGGCAGUGCGGGUCUUCACCGGAGCAGCGGGGAAGACAGGCGCUGGUCCGUCCUAUUCCCACGCACGUCACAGGCACCCGGCCCCUGGGCAGGGAUCCCACUUGGCAUCUGCCACACGUGCAACCAGAGUAAAAUCAGGCUAUCACUCUUUGAAAUCUGUAAAAAGCCUGGAAAACUCUAAAAUGACGACAGACCCAGUUGAGAAACAAGCAUCAGCUGAGUUGGACAUGCAUCAAACCCACCCCUCAGCCUUCAUGCAGUAAAAGCAUGAAUCUUGUAAAUGUAAAGAGUAUCUGAGGAAAGGCAGGCAUCUCUCCAGGAGGUUUAGUAGGAUGUUGCUCAUUAACGAGUGCAAUGGGACAUUUCAGUUUCUACAGUAUAAGAAAACAAGUAAUUCGAUGUCAUCGGGAGUGAAAAUUUGCCUAAAUUUGGUACCUAUAAUGUGGGCCAAGUGGUCUUCUGUUCUUGGUACUGUGUGUGAUACACAGGCAGUUGCACUGGGAAGGCAACAUUCGAAGCCAAAUUCCAUUACUGGUGAUUACAUUGUUUUCUGGAGCUGUUAUAUGGUGUGCAUGUUACAUUCACUUAGUUUGAAAGUCUGUCUUACCUGGAAAGUGCGGAACAGCUGGAAGGUGGGCGCUGCGGCUGGUGCCCUUCAUGCAGUUGGGGUCGGCUCCUGGCCCUGCUUGGCCCGUAACACAUCAGGACUUGGUCACAGAGUGCUGUGCCCGGGGGUGGGGACGGGUUUCAUUCCAAAGGUUGAACUGGACAUCAGGCAAGUCCAUAGCAUCUCAGUGCCACCAGACUUAGAUUGUUUUAUGAAGAGGAGAAAAUAAUUGUCAUGUGGGAGAACUUUGGACCUUUUGAGAGAACCGGAGGCAUAAGGCUAGAGGCUCUGUUUCAGGUGUAUUUGGUAUCACUCAUGUCUCACAACCACAAGGGAAGAGAGCCCAGAAUGUACCUUUUGUUAAGACCUACAGGGUGGGUGGCAGAGUCCCAGGACCCUCCCUAAAGUCUAAUUCCACCCACAGGAGCUGAGCAUCUCAUAUGUGCUCCCGGCUUAUACCCGCCCUCGAGUCAGUAUGUGGCUGAGGCUAAGGGUGGACCACUGGCCCCCACCACAGGCUUUCUUUCCACCCAAGCCUCCCAUUUGGUCUCUUUUACCUUCUGAGAGCAAGUGGAUUUUUUCCUCACUUGAAUAUCGCAUUUGAAAGUGUCCUCGAAUGGCCUCCCUAGCUGCCUGUCUGUGCCUCCCUAGCUCCCCUGACCUCCGUCUCACCAUGGAAGCCGUAAGUGAAGCUAGCACUUGUCUGAAACAGCAAGCACAUGCCCACGUGUAGGCCCCAGACCAACCAGCAGUGUGCGGCUAACCGUGGCCCGGGCGCCUGGACUGCUUGCUGCUGUCCCUCAGCAAGGACACUGGGGUCUGGGGUGUCGGGCCGGGGUCAGGUAGCAGCAGCUGGAGCUGAGAGGCGCAGUGUCUGCCCACAUGAAGUGCCAUGACUGGCAGCCUUGAGAACAGAUGUCCAGAGGGAUGGACAGCCACGCCAGGCUGCUCCUGCAGUUUCACCAUCUCCGACUGCCCCUGGCUCCUCAGUAGAACAGAGCCGACAUGUCCCCUUCACAUUCCCUUUUCAAAGAAAAUUGCGGAAAGCAGGCCCCCCAAAACCAUGCAUGGCUCUGCGUUCUUGACUGUGGCAGUGAUUCCAGUCACUCCUAAAACGCCACCACAAGAACGGAGCAGCCCCCCUGGCACAGGAGCCUAACCUGAGAGAGGGUCCUACUCUCCAGCUAGCUCUUAGCACAGCGUCCUAGGAACUUGGCAAUCGGCUUGGAGCAAAAGAAGACACCCUUGGAGCAACAGGCCAGGCACUGGCACUGAGGAAGCAGGAGCCAUCUGAUGAAAGGGAUUAGGCACAUGACCCUAAGACUCAGUUUACCUGUUCAGCACUAAUCUCAUCUGUUCAUUGCCUGCCUUGGUAUCCAGCACGUCCUGGAUGGAUUGUGGGUGGGGGAGGGGGACUCAACUUUAGCAUGAAAGCCAAGGACACCAGAUGCGAAGGAGCCCAAGGGACCCCCCCUGAAAGCGGGCUGGCCUCUCCCUCAAGGAGUAACAGCCCAAUCUGACUCGCCCACUGGGGCUCAACAGUUUAGGAGCAGUUCCGAGCAGAAAGAAAAGACUGUAUCCCAGCGGAGAUAACUCGGUGUUGUUAAGGCUUUGGCCCCAUGGCCCCAUGGCCCACCCAGAGCCUUGGCUGCUGUCACCGUCACACUGGAGAAGCCACGCUCAACAGUCAUCGCUCCAGGGCUGGAUGGAGACUGGAGGGCUCGGCUGUGGCCUCUGUGCUCCUGCGAGCCACGCCCCCUACUUUGUGUGAUCGUCAGAGCACACACUUCAGGGUUUCCUUUGGAUUUGAGAAAGGGAAGCAGGGGCUGGCAAAGGGCAGCCCCUCCCACUUCCACGGACAGAAAUGAGACGCACUCUCCCAGGUCGCUCAUUCGCUUCUGGCCGGUGAAAUGAAGGUCGUUUUGACUCAACCAGUGCACGAAGCCUUUGCAUGUCCUCCCGAAACGAUGCCACUUCCUCGUUCUGUCUACUCACACUCGGCAGUUUGCCUUUUCCUUAACACAUUCCAGACCAAAACACUGUUUAGUUUGUCUCCAAAAUAAAUGUAUAACUGUACGAAUCCACCAUUCUUUUUGGGGGGUAUGCCUGGUUCUAGUUGGGGACUUCAAGUGUACUUUUUUUUUUUUUUUUUUUGCAAAACAAAGUAUUCCUGCAGUCCUUUGGCUUUCAGAAUUGAAAAUGUUCAGAUAGAAAAGGUGAAUUGGGCAAACAGACCCUAAAAGGAGAGAGACAUUUCCUGAAGACUCAAGAAAACUGGUCUGUAGGUGAGCCAGCUACUGUGGACAGCAGACAAGGAGGAGAAGGAAGAAGACAGAGGCCCGUGCCCUGUUCAGCCCAAACCUCCACUGUGGUCCCUGCGCCCCGCAACCUGCCACCCAGGCAUGGGCACAGCAGCCUGGCCCCACUGCGAGGAUGGCCCUGCAUGCUGGCCAAGGCCUGGCCCGCAGCAGGUGGGCAAAGCAGCGCCCCGGCCUCCCCGGCACCUGCAGCGGGAGCAGCCCCACUCAUGGCGCUGGGGCCCCGCAUCUACAAACCCAAAGGCUGCGCCUUUGGCAGCCAAACCCACAGCAUGUGGCUGCCAGGUCUGGUUUUGUGGACAAAGCAAAGUAUGGAAUGGCUUCUCUGUAUCUUUCUACACCAAAGGGACAAACUGUUGCAUUCACCCUUUGUACUAAAGCGCUUCUGCAUUCACCAUACUCAUUUUUAACCUUUUGGUCUCCAGGGAACUUCUAUGAUGAUUAUGUCUUCUGAUUAUUUACUGAAUUAUUUUACUCAGAGGUGAUUUUAUUUUCUUAUUGACAGGAAAAAAGAAAACAAGAGGAGUGUUUGAGGCAUUGGUUGUAGCGAUAAAAUGUCACCAGGGACUCAAAAGCCCCAAACACUAGAUAAAUUACUCCUCAGAGGAAAACCUCAAUCUGGACAAGCUGAGGUUCCUAGGACUUGGAGAAGGCCUGCACUUUGGGGAGCAGGGUCCGGGGGCAGCAAAGGCAGCCAGGCAGGGAGGGGCGGGGAGGGAGAGGGAGCUGUCUGUGCUCUUCUCCCCCGGGGCCCUUGGCCUUCAGAGUGGUAUGAGAUGUGUCCAAAUGGCAACAGAAAUGCUAGGUUUUCAGAGAGAGCGUUUAUCUGAGUCCCACGCUCAUGUUGGAAGACAUAAAAGAAACAUUCCAUCCAGAAUCAAAUUUGGGGCAAUUUCUCAAUUGGCUUUAGUCACUACACACAGUGUCAUUGCCCUUCUUGUGGCUGUCCCAGCACUAAGCAUGUUUCCCAAAAGCUUCCAAUGUCAAACCCAGGAAUGUCCCUAUGUCUGUUAUUACCAGGCUUGCGAUUGGUCCCACUUUUCCAUGAAAACAUGCUCGCCCAACAGAAGGGAAACUGUGCAUUUAGUCCAUGCAUGUAACAAAUUCUGCAAGAAGUUUAGCCCUCAUAGGUUUGCGGCUCUGCAAAAAAAUGUGAAUGGGCUGUGUAGCAGAUGAUUCUCUGCCUUGACAAUCAUGUACACAUACCAAGGUUUCUAUCAUAAUGGCAAUGAGACCGAUGACUUCUUGUUUUCCUCCAAUAAAGACAAUUAAUCACCUUUA